AUGCUCUGUUCUCAAGAACUUCUGGAUAACUGGAUCUUCUUUGUCUCAGACGUUAAUCGAGCCAAUUCUUUGUGUCGGUCUAUCAAGGACUGGAAGCUUUGGAGGGGUAAUCUUGCAAUUUUGCUUUGCUCUGUAGGCUUAUGCACAAUUAAGCUUUACGAUGAAGCCUCAUCCAGCUUUUUUCUUCUUAGGCUAAGUUUUCCUUUUUUUUCGGAGGCAGGCCUAGAUUUUUGUAUUUUCUUCAAGAGGGAGAGGAGAUUCUGUAUUCAUGAUUUCAUAGACCAAGAGUUCAGGAAGGUUUUAUGCAAAAGCUUUUUUAUUUAUAGGCUUGUCAAGCUCAACCAAUAG